AACGACUGGUUCACAAAUCGGACAUUGCUCGUUAAGGCCUGAGGUGGUGUGUUAGCUGCUAAAUAACGGGUGUCCGUUAUUACUUAUGAAAGUUUUGAUUUUGUCGUUUUCAUUUUUCAGAACUUUUCUGCUUUACUAUCCACGUUUGGUUCAGGAAUACUUAAAUGACUUUAAUUUGAACAUCGUCACACGGUAGAGGCCUGAAGAAGGAUUAUUGCAACAUCGAGGCCUUCGAACUGUUUCUGUGCGAACUGAAGUGAUAAACACCUCCGCAUAAGCAUGUUUAAAGGCAAAACCGCAUGGUUCUCCAGCAGUGUUGGACAGGGGGUAACCAGCUUCUGGGUUUCUGAAGGGGGAGCUCUUUCAUCCUGGAAAACAGCAAAUUACCUCUUCAGUGAUGAUGCCUCUUCUGAAGACACUAAAAGGAUAUAUCACAGCGAGGACUAUGUAAAUAACAGGGCAACAGUUUUCCACAGCAAUUUCCUGUCAGCAUGUAAACCUCGCCAGAGUGUAAAAUCUGUGCCUAUUGGCCACUAUGUGCUUCCCCCAGAGUCCAUCCAGAAUGAAAUGAGAGUGGUAACUGGAAGGUUUAUUUGGGAAAAGGAUGAACAGGUGAUGUGUGAAGAACAAUUAAAAACCGAAGUGUCUGAAGGCAGUCUGUCUGAUGAGACUGAAGAUCAACCAGUGAGAGAGAAGAACAGCCAGGAUGAUUACCAGGCUGUUGCAUCACCGAACAAAGUGUGUUCAUGCUGUGAGAUGCGGCAAUAUCCUGUUAACAACAUGAUCUCAGGAUAUGCUCAUAUCGAUCAAAUGAAGAAGUAUUCAGGGGAACUUUAUGAUUUUCUUCCCUCCCUCCAUGGCCAUAAUGUUUCAAGAUCUAAUAAUGUGACACCUCCUUAUUGUCACAAAGAAAUGUAAUACUGUAUAUUGUGUAAAUUCACUUCUCGUUGUUUCAUAUGUUUCACUGACAGAAGUAUUUAAUGCAACUGGGUGUUCAUUUUCAGUUUCUCAUAUGAAUCUGCUUCUUCAGUAAAUCACACUUUACCCAGCAAUAUGAAAUCCAAUCCCUGUAUGUGAACAGAGGUGAUUUGACAUAGGUUACAGAGAAUAACAAUAGUAAUAUUAAAAGUACAUACUUGAAA